GAGGGAAGGGGCCGGGGGACAGCGGGGUCCGGCUCGGACCCUCCUCACCUUCUGCCCGCAGCCGUGGAACGAGCAGGAGGAGAGGAGAAUGCCCAUGGAAGCCAUGAGGAAGCUGGGUAGGAAAGCAGCGGAACCCCGAGAAGCUGAGAGUGCAUGUGGCGUUAAGAGCUGAGCUGUUCUCUCACUUCCCUUCCGCCCUGCCCGGACCCUCAGUGCUGGCUUGGCUUCCACAACGCUCAGCAAACGCGCAGUGUCAGGGGCACGCAGCGUGCGGGCUUCUUCUUGCAGUGAGUCCUGGUGAUGGCAGCGAUGACAGAGACCAACCAUAUCCAUGAAGUGAUGGAAGGGCCAGAAGGAGAUGAUGCCAAGUGCAGUUUCCAUCACACGAUGUUCCUGGAACCCCAAGAGAAGAAGAGGAACAUGAGGGCUCUGCUGGUUAAGCAAGCAAAGGAAACUUGCAGCUGUACCCCAGCCAAAAUUAAAGAUUGCGUUUUGGGGUUUUUCCCCAUCUUGCAGUGGCUCCCUAAAUACAACCUCAGGGAGUACCUCCUGGGGGAUGUCAUGUCUGGUGUGAUCGUGGGGGUCCUGCUGGUCCCUCAGUCCAUUGCCUACUCCCUCUUGGCAGGGCUGGAGCCCAUUUAUGGCCUUUACACCUCCUUUUUCUCCUGCAUCAUUUACUGCAUCUUCGGCACCUCCCGCCACAUCUCCGUCAGCAUCUUCGGCGUGGUGUGCCUGAUGCUGGGCCAGGUGGUGGACAGGGAGGUGGGGAGGGCUGGCUACCAGCUGGAGCCAGCUGUGCCCAAUGCCCUGCCAGGCCCAGGAGGGCACGGGAAUGGCACUGGGAACGGGACAGAGCCACUCUGUGACAGUGGCUGCUAUGCCAUAGCCGUGGCUGCCACCCUCACCUUCAUCUCUGGGGUGUACCAGGUGGCCAUGGGUUUCUUCCAGGUGGGCUUUGUCUCCGUGUACCUGUCGGAUUCGCUGCUGAGUGGGUUUGUCACAGGGGCCUCCAUCACUGUCCUGACCUCACAAGUCAAGUACCUUCUGGGCCUGGACAUUCCUCGGAGCGGGGGCGUGGGCUCCCUCUUCACCACCUGGAUAAACAUCUUCAGGAACAUCCACAGCACCAACAUCUGUGACCUCAUCACCAGCUUCUUGUGCUUCCUGGUGCUCAUCCCAGCCAAAGAGCUUAACGAGCGCUUCAAAUCCAAGCUCAAGGCUCCGGUUCCGGUGGAGCUCUUCGUGGUUGUGGCAGCCACUCUGGCAUCUCACUUUGGGCAGCUGAGGGAGACUUACGGCUCCAGCAUUUCUGGGCACAUCCCCACGGGGUUUCUGCCUCCGCGCCCUCCAGUCUGGACCCUGAUUCCCAACGUGGCGUUGGAUGCCAUCCCCAUUGCCAUCAUUGGCUUUGCCAUCACCGUGUCCCUCUCGGAGAUGUUUGCCAAGAAGCACGGCUACUCCGUGAGGGCCAACCAGGAGAUGUACGCCAUCGGCUUCUGCAACAUCAUCCCCUCCUUCUUCCACUGCUUCACCACCAGCGCUGCUUUGGCCAAGACCCUGGUCAAGGAGUCCACGGGCUGCAGGACCCAAAUGUCUGGCAUGGUGACCAGCCUGGUGAUCCUCCUGGUCCUCCUCGUGAUCGCCCCUUUGUUCUACUCCCUGCAGAAAUGCGUCCUCGCCGUCAUAACCAUCGUCAACCUCCGCGGGGCCCUGCGCAAGUUCAGGGACCUGCCCAAGUUGUGGCACCUGAGCAGGGUGGACACGGUGAUCUGGGUGGUCACCAUGGCGGCCACGGCGCUCAUCAGCACCGAGAUCGGGCUCCUGGUGGGGGUUUGCUUCUCCAUGCUCUGCGUCAUCUUCCGCACCCAGCGGCCCGAGGCGCCGCUGCUGGGCUGGGUGGCCGAGUCGGAGACCUACGAGUCCCUCUCUGCCUACAAGAACCUGCAAACCAAGCCUGGCGUGGUGGUGUUCCGCUUCGAGGCCCCCAUCUACUACAUCAACAAGGAGUGCUUCAAAUCCACCCUCUACAAGCAAACUGGGGUCAACCCCGUGUGGGUGAAGGCAGCCAAGAAGAAAGCAGAGAAAAGAAAGCUCAAGGAGAAGGAGGAGGGGUCUGGGGACAAGCGGAGCAGCAUCCCCGUGGAUUUGGGGUCGGAGCCCGUGGGGUUCCACACCAUCGUGAUCGACUGCUGCGCCGUGCAGUUCCUGGACACGGCCGGCAUCCGCACGCUCAAGGAGGUCUGCAAGGACUACAAGGACAUCGACAUCCACGUGCUGCUGGCCCAGUGCAACCCUUCUGUCAGGAGCUCCCUGCUCCGGGGGGAGUUCUUCAAGCAGGGGGAGGACCAGCUGCUCUUCCACAGCGUGCACCAGGCCGUGGACUUUGCCCUGGGCACGCAGGGGCAUGGUGCUCCCAAGAACUAGAUUGGGAAGAGAGGGAUUGGAACAAGGGCUGGGCAAACGUGUCUGUGUGUCUGUGCAAUCGAUGUGUGUGUGCUCAGGGAGCAAGGCAGCGUGGUGCCAGCACUCUGGUACUCUGCAAUCUCUCUGGAUUUACCUGCCUGAGGUGGUGAUUCCAUGGGAGGUGCUGAAUGAAGGCAGUUUUUAACUUGUUUGUGGCAAACCUGCAGAUCUUAAGUUUGCACAGGGUUGUUCAGCUCAUGUCCUCUCUCCAGAGCUUUGUGUGUCUCAGUUCCACCCUGAAGUUGUGAUCAAGUCUUUUUUGCCACCCUGUCCUUGUGGAUGGGGUGAGAUUUUGGAGUAGUCUGGACAUCCUGUGCAGCUGAAGAAUGAGGCAACUCAUUUCUCAUCCCUCAUUCUGGCCUUGCUUUCCAUCACCACACCCUUGUGUUUGCCCAGGAAGGGCUGCUAGGGACUGUUUGCUCUGGUCUUUACUGGGCAGUGCUUGAAUUUGCAAUCUCCCUGAAUUUCAGAUAGAGAAAUCAAAUCUAAACAUGCAGGAAAAUAUCUUGAUGAAUAUCUUCUAAGCAAGCACCUCUCACCUCCCGAGGUUUUGGCACUGCCUCCUAAUUCAGCCAGGCCACAAGGACAUGGUUAUCUCAUUUCUGCACAGGCCUUUACCUGCCUGUGCCCAUGGAAAUGCUGCCCUUCCAGCUUGAUUUAAUUUUUUUUUUUUCCACAGAUGACUCUUUAGAAGUCUGAUUAAUUCUUAUGGUCAGUCAAUUGUUUUCCUAAUAUUUAGGAGCUCUUUAGAAUUAUGAGCAUUAGAUAUGGAAAAUAUCUAGCUCUUUAAUUUUAACCAAAAAAAGUCCCUUCUAGGCAGUUUUUUAUGCCAGGUAGAGAGAAUCACAGGCACCAAAGUGAAAAGGGACAAAUAAAUUAACCAGCAUGUGCCCAAAUGUGUCCAUGUCACACAGACUGUACAUGGAUGCAGCACUUAUUGGCUCUAAACCCUUUGCUCUGUCCUGGGAGUGCACAGACCAUUGGAAAAAGAGCCAGGAAAAUUCUUUCCUGGACCUUUUUUUUUACCAAGUCUGUAUAAAUAGAGCUUUUUACUUUGAUUUUUAAAUUCUGUGGAAGAGUGCCUGUUCUUCAUGCUAAAAUACAAGGAUAGGAUUUUUGACUGCUUUUCCUCCCAGCAGUAGAAUAAAAUGGUGAAGACAGGAUUGAGAGAUUCACAGUUUUUCCUGAAUACCAGCUAUACACAGCACACAUCCCUGGAAGAGGGUGCUUUCCUCCCAUAGGAGUUUACAGUCUGGAUUUCAGGUGCUUCACAGCUUUUAAAAGGGAAUGGUGCUGUGAACAGGCAAUAUUCUCAUCCUUAAUAAUUCAAAAAUAAUGAGUCAGAAGUAAAAAAAGGUAAAGUAAAAUGCAGUGUGAGUUGUGAAAUGUUUACUUAAUAGAAAGAGAUUUUGAGUUUAAACUGUUUUGUUGUUUGGGUUUUUUUCUGAGCAAGGACCAGUAACUAUUCUCUUCUUUCUGUGAAAGCUGAAUGUCAUGGAUCACUUCACUCUGGGGGCCUCAGAGAAGAAUGAGGCAGCAGGAAGAUGAGUCCUUUUUGUGUUAACUGAACUUAGUGCAUUUUUGAGGGCACAGAGCAGCACAGAAGUGCUGGGGAGGUGAGGGGUGGCUGCAGCACAGCUUGCAAAGGGAGAACCUCACUGAUACCCACCCAUGGCAUGUCCUAGAGCUGGCCCUGCUGAGGAGAAAGCCUCUGUGUGUCACUGGGAAAAGUCUGCAGUGUUCAAACCCCACAAACGCUGUUCUGCCUCAGCCCUGAGGCUUCUUUGUGAAGGAGAUGAAUCCCAAAUUCUGCUGAAUUUUUCCUUUGCUGCCAUAACCUCCUGCAGGAAGGUUUUCCUGCUGGGCUGAGGAUGCUUUGUGCAGCCUGGGGAGUUGUGCUCACUGAACUGGCAUUGCCAGGGAGGAUUGGGCUGAGCUGUGGAGCAGCAGUGAGCAGGGUUACAUUUUUAGGCUGUAUUUCGGUUUUUAACCAAACCUGGUUUGUGUGCAGAGCCCCUGGGAGGGCAGGUUUGUCCCCACAGGGGUGACAGUGCCAUGGCCUGGGGGAGUCCCUUUGCAGCUCAGUUUGUUCACCUGGUCAGAAAGAAUCUCUGGAACUCUGAACUAAAGCCUCGAUGCAGCUUUGAAAUGCUGAGUUUUAACUCCUGUUUUGCCAGAGGGCAGAGCAGCACUGAAAGUGCUGAUGAUAAAGGACAGCACAGGUGGUUGCAAAUGUUUCAAAUGUUGCUGCAAAUGUUCCUGCCUUCCUGCAGCUGCUUGUUCUCACCCCUCUGCCCUGAGGCACGGGAGGAAGGAGCUGCUGCCCAGGACACUGCAGGGCAGCCGGGAUGGGACAAAAGUCAAAUAACAGCUGCUCUGGGUGAUUCUUCCCUCUUCCCCUCUCUCCCACGUUCUUUCCAUGCUGCCCAGGUGGAGAUUUUUUCACCUGUGACCGUGCACAGGUUUGUGUAACCAAGUUCCAAACCUUUAUUUAUUAAAAGAUGGUUUUGCAAAUCCAUUCCUACCUGUGCCAGGAAGAGAGGAAUAUCAGUGUUAACUUUAAAAAGGACCCACUUCCUGCAACUAGUGGGAUGUGUAUUUGUGGCUUCUAGGUAUUUAUUUACAUAAAAGCACAAUAAAACAGCCAUAAAAUAAUUUUUCAGGUAAUUAAAUUAGAUUAUAUCUAAAAGAUGUGCUGAACAUUACCUGGAGCACGUUGCAUUUGGCCUCAGUGCUGUUUGUGCAGCCUCCAAUUUUCAUUUCCAGCAAAACACAAACUAUUAAAAUGCAACAAUAAAAGCAGCCAAAAUAAAUACUUUUAAUGUUAUUUAAAAUUCAUAAGUAUCUAUUAAUGCAUGCUGCCCUGGCUAAAUGGGAACUGAAAUAAAUGCCAUUUGCCAGAGUUCAGUGCAAUAGGGCGUUCUUGGGAAUUAACUGGAGAUUAAAGCUUGUUAUGGCUGGAAUUUCUUAGAACAGUGGGUUCCAGCCCUGUCCCUCUUAGGCCUGGAAUUGUUUUUUAGCAAUGACAUGGAUCUGAUUUGAGCCUGCUGGCAAGCAGCACAUUUUUUGUGUAUGAACCCUUUAAAGCAAUCUAGUUUUAUCUUUAGGAAUUGGGGAUCACUGAUUGGAAACUUUUCCUCCAAAGCAUUUGUUUUAUAAAGGAAUCCAUGUAUUUAUAUAUUUGUGUUUUGCUGCUCUGUGAUGGAUGCAGCAGCUGGAUAUCUCCAUUUAUGCUUUUGUGAUACUCCUGUCCUGGAAAGGGCUCUCCUGCCUUCUGCUGUUUGAGAUGGACAGUGCUGGGCAUGUGCCAGGUUUUUAAGGGGAAAUCUGCCAUACUCACUGCUUCCUGUGCCUCCCCCAUCCCCUGAAUUUGGGAAGAGGGCCCCUCAGAACGAUUGGGUUUGGCUUAUCCAUCAGUCUGGAGCAGGGAUCUUCCUCCCAGGUGCAACCUCCAGAACCCCAGACCAGACUAGAGGCUGGUGUAAAUCAGCUCAGCUCUAUUCCCAAAUGUCCCAAUCAGCAAUUAUCAGUCUAAAUGAAGAAUUAAGAGAUCAUUAGCACGUUCAUUAAUGACAACAACAGAGCAUUAUGGAAAUGAGCUCUCAGUCUCAGCUGUACUGGAAAUCUCUUUAGCACUCUCCUGCUGAAUGCCAGGCUCUGUUUUUUUCGAUUUCACUUGUCUGAGUGUUCUGACACAAAACCCAUUUUCAGUCCACUUUACAAACUUCAGGCACUGCGGUGGGCACGGGGAGCUCGUUCUGGGUUUCCUUCUGCCCCUGCCAAGCUGGGAUUGAGUGAUGCCGAUGUCCUGUGAGGCUCUGCAGCUCCAGCUGCUCCCAGCACUGCAGGACCAGCCCCUCCUGCUGCUGCUGCUUCCUCCUGUGCUGUGCUGCCAGUCACUCAAAUAUUGACUGUAAACACAAGGAGCUGUGUGUGAUCACUGCCAUGUGACCUGCUGCUCCCUUCUCAUGAUCUUCUGAUAAAGCCCAAGCUCCUGAGCAGUAAAGUGAGUGUAAAACAGCCCCAAAGCCCCCCAGUCCUCUGGGAGAACCAGGGCUGGGGGCUCUGCUGGCUGAGGGGUCCCAGACUGGAGCCUCAGCCUGGUUUGUGGCUGGUGGGGGCUGCCAGGGUGUUUGUGGGGCUGGCAGAGGGAUGGUGGGGCUGUUUGUGGUGCCCAGCUGAACCUGGAGGUGUUUUUAUUCUGGGAUCACUGUGGUUUGUUGUCCCUUUGUCCACAGUGAGUGUGGCACGAGUAGAAACCAGAGAUUUCAGGGUUUGUGGUUAUUUAUUUUUGUCUCACUGUAAUCUCAGUCCACACCAGCCAGGCCAGCAGAGCUGCAGCCAUGGAAGGUGCUCCCUCCUGGGAGGAAUCUCAGCCACCCUUUUAUCUCUCCUGCCUUUUGCCGAGGGGUUGGAAUCCACUGCUGGUGGGGCUGAGGAGCAGAGGUGAGAACUGCAGGAAACAGUUAAAUCCGGGCUUUGAGCCGUGCCCAGAGCCUUGGGCUCAGGUUGGUGAGCUCUGCCUGGGCUCUGUCCCAGGUCCAGCUGAGGGUGAAACUCUUCAGGCAGAAAUCUGCUUCAGGGCAUUAUCUUCUCUUGUGGCUUGGGUUUCUUCCACCUGCUUUGGAGAAGGGAUUAAACACUACAGUUAACUGACAUUUAAAUUUUUUUUUAGUGGACAUUGUGAAGCUGAGAUGCAAAUAUUCCUGUGCUGCUCUGGCCAUGCUGGGCUCUGUGUCUGUGCCACUGGCUUUGUUCUGCUGGGUGUAGGAUGAUGCUCUGGGACUCCAGCCUUGGUGUGUUUCUCCACACCACAAGGUUUGCCCUUCUCUGCUGGCACAGACAAGAGCAAUCCUGGCUUUAGUGCAGCCUUGGCACUGGGAAUGACCUCGUUAAAUCCCAAGAAUUAAUUACACUGGGUCAUCAUCCUAAUGAGCCUUUGGAGGGUCAGCUGCUCGUGUGAAAAUUAACCUGAUUUUUAUAAUUUCAGUCAGAUUCUUUCUGAAGUGGAAAUCAUUCUGAGCCUUGCUUUUUCCUUGGAGAUCAUUGCAGUGCUAAAAGCAAGGCCUCUGGGUAGGUAAAAUGGCAAAUAUUUAAUAUUUAGAUUUAGUUCAUAGCAUAAUUAGUACCUGUCUAUUUUAUUCUCUAGAGAUUCUAUAAGCUAAGGCAUAAUGGUAUUCUUUGAUGUGCAAAUUCUCCAAAUAUUUCAGCAUUGGAUGGAGAACCAAAUUUCCAUUGAGGUAAAAUUACUGCUUCAACAUUUGAAUCCCAGCUCUGUCAGCACUUAGUCCAGCUCCCAAAUGAUCUAAAGAUGUAGGUGGGAAACAUUUGUUGAACUUGGGUCCAAUUUUUUAUAUCUGAUUUUUUUUAACUUAAAGAAGUAAAUUUUAUGCAUAUAUGAAAUUCAAUUGAAACAAGGUUAAGGAGAGGUAAAAAUCUCAUUUUUUAUGACAAGCACAUGAUUCUUUGAGUCUUUAGUUUUGUGUUUCUGAAUAUCUCUAGUAUGUCCUUGGUAUGGUCUGGGGUGUGAUUUUUUUUAAUAAUUGAAAAUUUAGAAUAAUUUUAGAUAACUGAGAAUACUGUUCUGCAGAACACAGAAAAUGGCAAACUGUGCCUUGAGCUGGUUGGAGACCCAGUUUAAGCAAACAGGACCUUAGGCCUGGACUAGAUCCCACUGGUCAGCAGAUCUGACUUGUUUACAAAAUAAUUUAUGUGUUCCUGGAGUAAAAGGUGGGGAAAUUAUGGAGUGUGUGGAAAAGAUCACUUUAUUUUUGCUGUGAUGUGUCUGUAAAAAGAAGGUGUAAAAGGCCCCAGGUGGGUGGUGGAGCUCAGGGUGCUGGGGGAGCUGUGUCACCCUGUGCCCAGGGUGGGGACAGAGCUGCUGCCACCAGCCACAGGUUUGUGGAGAAAACUGGAUUUUGUCCAUGUCCUGCCACCAGUUCUGUGCCCAUGCCCUGCCUGGUGGUGGCUCUCUCUCCUUGCCCUGUCCUGUCUGGGCUGUACCCAUUGUUAUUCUUCAUUGUUAAUUUGUCAGCAUGAGAAUUUUCUGUCAAAUCUGGGAAAAUCACUGGGAUUUCUUCUGCACAAUUAAAAAAUGACGUUUGUGGGGUU